UUUAAAUACUUCCAGGGCGAUAUCGUUUUCACCAAUAGCCUACAUAUUCCAACGAAAACGUGCUGUGUGAGCGAUCAUUGUACCAGUGCAAGCUGUUCUUUGACUGAAGGUUCCAGCAAUCACAAGGCAACGAUCGACGAUUGUACCUCGCCAUUCAAAUGGGUAUGGAUCGCCACAUGUUCAGAUCAGACGGUUCAAAACCAGCGAUACAUCGUUUGCGAAUUUGGAACAUUGCCGGAGGGCUUAUACCGACUCGGAUACUUUAGCCACUAUAGAAACUGCCUUAUAGGAUUGUCAAAGACCUUCAGGGUAACAGAGCAGCCCACAAACUAA